AUGACUUUAUAUGAAAUACCAAAAAGAAACGUAGAAGAAAAUAAAGGAGUAAAGUUUAGAGUUAUUAGUGAUGGUAUAACGUUAGAUGCUAAACAAUGUAAUGAAUGGGUGGAAAAAUUUUGUAAGAUAACUCUGCCUAAAAAUGAAUGUGUCGAGUUGUUAGAUGAUGAUAAAAUAGUAACUCCAGUUGUAGCAUCUUUCUCAUGUUACUACCAAGUCGGGAUUAGUAUUAUAUGGGAUCAUGGUAUUACAGUAUUAAAUUCGCCUGGUAUUAUAGAUUCUGAUUAUAGAGGAGAAAUUCACGUAAUACUUUUAAAUACAUCUAACGAAGCUUUUACUGUAAGCGAAGGUCAAGCUAUUGCACAAAUGUCUUUUUUACUUGUAUUUUUUGCAGAAAGAGUGGUAUUGGUUGGUUCAAAUGUGAAUAAAUUAUAUCAAAUGGAAAUACAAUCCAUGUUGUCUGAAAAAGAAAGAAACGGUGGUUUUGGAUCAACAGGGCAUUAA